AGUGAGGCUGUGGCUUGUGUUUUUGUGUUUUUGUGCGGACUAGAAACCAAAGUAAAGUAAACGGGGGAGGGUCGGCCGCUGCUGCUAAAGUGAGUGAGAGAGAGAGAGAGAGAGAGCGAGCGAAAGAGAGAGAGGGAGAGAGGGAGAGAGGGGCCGGUUUUUAAACGAGUUACAAUGCGUCUUUCACGGUGUUGAGCGGUCUGUCGGUGAACGAUGAGCCAACUUCGCCGGUCGUCUCGAAGCGAUAUGAGCCACUCUUGAGCCCCGUGGAAAACCCAUCUUCUCGGCGGGGGGGAGCGAGCAUGAAGAAGCCGAGCGCCCUGCUCCGUGUCGCCGGCUUGACUGGGAAAUGGUAGCGUGCUGCAGGGACCGCACUGGGAAGGACCAUGGUCGAGAGGAGCAGCAAAUUCUUGUUGAUCGUCGUCGGAUCCGUGUGUUUCAUGCUGAUUCUCUAUCAGUACGUGGCCCCCGGGGUGAUCAAUUUCGGCUCCCCGCACGGUUAUUUCACGGAGGAGGACGAGGGGGACAUCUUCCCAACUCCGGACCCCCACUACGUUAAGAAAUACUACUUCCCGGUCAGGGACUUGGAGAGGACGAUUGAUUUUCAAAUCAAAGGGGAGGACGUGAUCGUGUUUUUGCACAUCCAGAAGACCGGGGGAACUACCUUCGGCAGGCACCUGGUCCAAAAUGUCCGUCUGGAGGUUCCUUGCGACUGCAGACCGGGCCAGAAGAAGUGUACCUGCUACCGGCCGAACCGCAAGGAGACCUGGCUCUUCUCCCGGUUCUCCACCGGCUGGAGCUGCGGCUUGCACGCCGACUGGACCGAGCUGACCAACUGUGUGCCCGGUGUGCUCAACAAGAAGGAGAACAAGCAGAAGAAUCAAAGGAAGUUCUACUACAUCACUCUGCUGAGGGACCCGGUGUCUCGCUACCUCAGCGAGUGGAGGCACGUCCAGCGGGGAGCCACAUGGAAAACCUCCCUGCACAUGUGUGAUGGACGAACUCCGACGCCCGAGGAGCUGCCCUCCUGUUACGAGGGCUCUGAUUGGUCGGGGUGCACCCUGCAGCAGUUCAUGGACUGCCCCUACAACCUGGCCAACAACAGACAGGUACGUAUGCUAGCAGACCUGAGUCUCGUCGGCUGCUACAACAUGUCCACAGUUCCAGAGAAGAAGAGGGCCCAGCUUCUCCUGGAGUCGGCCAAGAAGAACCUACGAGACAUGGCCUUCUUUGGGCUGACAGAGUACCAGAGGAAAACUCAGUUCCUGUUUGAACGGACCUUCAGGUUGCGCUUCAUCAGGCCCUUCAUGCAGUACAACAGCACCCGAGCUGCAGGGGUGGACCUGGACAAUGCUACGAUCCAGCGUAUAGAGGAGCUGAACGAGCUGGACAUGGAGCUGUACGACUACGCCAGGGACCUGUUCCAGCAGCGCUACCAAUUCACCAGGCAACAGGAAAGGCGGCAGCAGCGCAUCAAGAACCACAUGCAGCAGAACCACCAGGGUCUGGGCCUUGGCGUCAACCUGUGGCCCUCCCGCAGCAGGCAGAGUGCCGUCAUGACACUGGAGGACGGAGAAGGAGAAAGGGAGGAGGGUGAGGAGGGAGGCAGAACGGAGGAGGCGGGCAGCAGGCUCCCCACUGAGGACUACAUGAACCAGAUCAUCAACCGCUGGUAGCGGCAGAAUGAGAACAAACGCACAGAUAUGCAUAUGUAAUGUGAAAAACACACACACACACAUUUACACAGAAAGUGGCGCCUGCAUCAAAGACCCCAAUAACUGACAAACAGACAUUACUACAGAGUUGGGCUGGAAUGAGGUCUAAGUGGUUGCUAUGGAGACCUGGGCUUGGUCCAUUGCAUCAGCUCAUGUUAUUGAGGUUUGCCCAGUUGUUAUUAGCACCCGCUUGGCCUUUCCCCCCCUUCUGAGUUUCUCCAUCUCUCCCAUCAUCGUUAUUGACUGAGCUGAGGAGAGAUAGAGUUGCUGACAACUGAGUAUCUCAUCCACCCCUGCCCCCCCUCCCUUUCCCACACCUUUCUCCUCCUCCUCCUGUAUUCCUCUCGUUCUCUGUGGCCUGAUAUGGAGCAUGAGAAAAUAAAAUUAAGUCUGUGAAUUCCCAUUAAUCCUCGCUAAGGACCAGUCUACUUCCUGGACGCAGUGCUCCAAUUUCAAAGGAACUGGAAAAAGCUAUGAAAGUAUGCUAAUGGCUGAAGCUGAACAAAGGAGAAGGUGGGAGUACAUGAAAGACUGUUCCUAAAAGGAAGAGAGAAAGAAGCGGAGAAGAAGUUGGACUGAGUUCUGUAAUAAAGCUUUCUUGCUUAAAAAAAAAAAAUCACCCAUGAACAUGCUUUGGUCAUGAGAUAGUGACAGUCUCAUUCUCAUUUUAGGAUGAUUUCAUUUGUAUUUUUCCUUUUUUGUGUUUUAUGCUUUUUUAAAAGCAGAAUUGUAAUAACACUGAGACCAAUAAUGCUGCCUAAAGAAAAGUGAUUCCUUUAUUUCUUUAUUUUUGUUUGUUUUAUAAGUCAAAGCUAAUGGAUUGGAUUGACGUACUAUGGACCAUAGCCAUUACUGAAGCCUUGCAUCUUGGAAAGAAAAAGUGGCCUGUUUCUCUGUUAAAGGUUCCCAAAGCUCCUGUCGCUUAACGAGUUCAUUAUUUCUCCUUUUCUCUCCUUUUUUUUGUGCGUGCGUGCAUGUGCGUGUGUGUGUGUGUGUGUGUGUUUCAGUCCUGCAGAGAAUGACAGCCAAUUACAGAGCCCGAUUCUCACAUACUGUACGUGUGAAGAAAUCAAAGGCAGGGAGAGGAGGGAGAGGAGUGAGUGUGCUGCAGGUUGUUGCCAAGAACCGUGCUGUGUGAGCGGCAAGCGCUUUGGAAGCCUUAACUCAGACAAAUGCUCGAGAUGGGAGUUGUGGAACUACCGGUCACCAUGGCAAUGUGAGCCCUUAAUGUAGUGGGUGGCAUUUUCAGUUGCUCGUUUUUUCUCAUGUUUUUUUGUUUUGUUUUGUUUUGUUUUUUUGUUGUUUUUUUUACUCUGACCAGGGAGCUGCAUUGUAAAAAAAAGCAGUGGUCUCAAAAAAGCCUCUGUCCCACUUGCUAAAAGGGCACACACUGCGCUGGUGACCUGCAGUCCGUUAGUGUGACCGGUAUUUCACUUGGUUUUACCCUGAAGGAUGGACGGGGCGAGGUAGCAGUGCCUCUAUGUACUGGGAUCAUAGUCAACAUUAUUAUUGCCAGAUAAUAUGUCUGCAUUAUACUACAGUAAUUUCUCUGACUACUCGUGUGUCUGUGCGUAUGACUGUGUUUCAGUAUGUGUGUAAAUAGUAUGUACAGUAUGCCUUUGAUUGGCAUUUGUGUAUGCCUUUGUAAAUAGUGUGCCUGACUGCGAGAGGAUGCCUGACGAGUUUUUUUUGAAUGACUGGUUCCAUGACCAAUAAUAACUUGCCAUUUUCAUGGUGGUGGAGGGCAGGGCAAAAAAAAAAAAAAAAAAGACAAAAAGUCCCUCCAACAGCAUGUCACAGCAGUGUGACUGCCGCAGUGAUGCAAGCCAAUAAUCUCCUCUGCCCUUUCUUUAACCAUUAAUAUUUUCUUUACCCAUUUUCUCGUCUCCUCCCCAUGACAUGGUUAGGUGUGAGGACCGUGUUGCUAUAGUUGUCUAAAAAUUCAGAGUUUGUAUUUGUAAAAAUCUGCCCGUGUUACACGUCUUCACUCUUAAGUCAGUAAAAUCUCUGAGUACGGUUGGGUUCUGAUAGCCAGAUAAUGAACCCUAUUAAGAAUUUCAGCUGCAUCGCCACUGCAAACAUCAACAUACGACAUACUUAACUUCAGUAGCAGCUAUAACCAAAAAUGCUGCCUCCAUCAUUUUUUAGAUAGGGGUCACAUUGUUUAUACUUUUGAAGGGAAAAAAAGUGACCCCUAUAGAUGCAGCUAGGGAUAUAAGUUAGGAUAGCUGUGAUUGCAGAAAUUGUCACACUUCAUCUGUCAAUAUCUGUGUGACCUUUUCGUCUUUUUUGCGUGGUGUUAAUGCACCAAAAUGAAGUCAUAGCUAUCAAAUACACAUUUUGCGACUGAACCAAAAUACUAAGACUGUGAUAAAGUAGGGUAAAAAUGUCUGCAGAGAUUAUAUAGCUGAAAUUCCUAAUCAGGUCACAGAAUUUGGCAUAACAUCAGGUUGGCAAAAUACCCAGAUUUGUUCAUCUCUAAUUCUAUUAUUGCUCCAAAGCUCUCUAUUAUUAAAUCUUUAGUCUGCUCUUUUUUUUUUAUUGCAAAGAACAGCAUAGACAAACAUCAACUGUGGCAAAUUGUAUUAUCUGUAGCCAAUUAAUGUUGACUAUGUAACAGCUAAAACUUAACUUCUGGUUAUUGUCUGUACUUAUGCUUAUCAUGUCAUCCUCCAAGUUGUAAUUACAAUUGGGGGAAACUAGGACUUUUUUUUCUGAAAGCUCCAAUAUAUCCAACAGGCACUUAAAACUUACUUAAUAAUACAGAAGUGCCUGAAAACCAAGCAAACAUGGACGCCUCACGUCAGCCAAAGUCUGUCGCUCUGUGUAAUUCAACUUUUAAAUGGAUAUAAUGUCAUUUUUGUUCAUGUACAGUGUUUUAAACCCUCAUAUGACUAACUUUGUUAUCAUACAAACUUCUUGAGUUGUCAGAUAAAGUGAACGCUUGCAAGUCUUAAACAUGGGAAUCUACCCCAAUGCUUCCCAUUCAUCUGACAUGGCAUGGCAUUAACUCGGCAUUAGCCAAAGAUUGUCUGUGUGAGAGAAGAAGCAUCACUCUGUAACACCGCUCUACGACUGAGUGGACUGUGUGUUUUUUGUAGUGCAACUGACCAACAGAGCAGCGAUUCUUCUAAACACCUGUCUUAGCUAAUUAUACAACCUAAACUUCAGUUAAACUUUUUAUAGCAUUAUUGUGAAAUGAUCAGCUUAAUACUUCUGUGUCUUCAGGCUACGCUGCAGUAUGUCAGACACAUUUGAUCAGCAUAUAAUAAAAGACGAUGGCAGAGCUUUGAGUUGGAAUCGUUGAAGAGAUAGAUUCAAUACUGGAUUUGGAUUUGAUUUAAAAAAAAACGCUACCAAAACCCAACCUUAACUAGAAGCAAAGAGUCAGAGCAAUAAGAGUGGAAAACCCAAUGAGAAGGUAGAGAAAAGAAUGUAAAACGUGGGAAGGGGGAAAGAAGUAACACAGCAUGAUUUAAUUAAACUGAAUGUAGGCCAAGUUCGGUGUCAUCCGGGGGGCAACCGGCGGAUGCAUGCAGCAGGCACUUCCUUGGUAUUAACAUGAAUAACGUGUUGCAUCCUGUUCUUAACAAUAGAUUUUUUUUUUUUAAGUAAGAAGGGAGGGAAACCGACAAUUUAGCCGUCCACCACCCCCCCAUUGUUAAAUUUCAACUAAUCACCCUGGAUCUGCAAGCUUGUCUAUUUUUUGAUCAGCUCCUUUCAAAUCAGGGAUGAUUCAUGGAGGGGAAAGAGAGAAGAACAGAAGGGGGAUAAUGACAGGUAUUGGGACACAUCCAGAGUCAAUAUGCUACUUUUUGUGUAGCCCUCAAAGUAACGCAAUAGGGACAGGGAAAAUGGAUAAGGAAAGAGAGAGCUCUUUUUUUUUUUUGGUUUUGUUUCGUAUUAAAUUCGCUUUCAUUGUAUUAUCGUGGCUGAAACUGGAGACUUGAAAACACAGCAGCUCCAGGCAUUUUGCCCACAGCCUCAUCUUUUUUCCAGUCAGACUUAUAUUACACCAUGUUUGGGCUUCAAACCAAUAUCUGUUUCUGCGUUAUUGGUGAAGGAACGAAUACAAAACUGAAGAGCGGUGCUGUGUUCUCCUCUUUUAAAGAGUGUUUUCUUUUCAGCUUUCCACUUUCUGUGAUGAACCUUCAAGUGACCAUCAUACUUGAAGCAGUCCUUUAAUAAUCCCCCUACCCCACCUCCCCACCCCCCGUACCUGAACUGAAAAAAACUCAAUCCUUUUCACUGAAGUAAUGAUUCCAGAAAUUGAUGCUAUAAAGCUAUAAUCAAAUAUUUUAUGUCUCAUCAUGUUUAUCUGAUAUCUUAACAGCGUUUUCCUUUUGUGACAAUGAAGCAACCCAGGUGUCGCUAUAGCAUCAUCCUUUUUUUUUUUUUUUUUUUUUUUUUUUUUUUAAAGAUUUGUUAAAGAGAGUGUGAUAAAGACUGUUUUUAUUUUUGUUUUGUUUUUUUGGGUUGGUGUGCAGUUUGUCUCUGGCUCCUUCUGUAUGCAUCAUUCUGGGUUUGUUUCUUAUGAUUGCAAAAAUGAAUCAUCAAGCCACCAAUUAAAAUAUUUCAUUUUUACAGA